ACCCCACCUCCAACGGCGUGCCCUCUGACCUUCAGCCGCAGCGGUAUAUAUUUCCGGGGGGGAUGAUCUGCAGUCCUCUGGCAGCCAAAAUGAAGCUUCUGGCGACUGCGUGCCGCUUGCUGUGUCUCCUGGCUCUGUCGGCUGCAGAGUCCUCCAUCCACGAGGAGGAGCGUCAAAUGCGUCUUCAGCUCCAGCAGCCAGACGGAGACCUCUUCCCCUGCGGAUGUGACACAACUGAUGCCAGCCAGACCUCGUCCAAUGACACCCCGGCUCCAGAGAGAGCCGUGUGCCACCCCUGCAAGCCCCUGUCGAGUGAUGAAGACGAGCUGGUGGCCGCGUUGGAGCAAGAGCUAGAGGAAGUACAUCCAACUGAGGACGAUUCUUCUGUCGAGGAAGUUGCAAGUGAAGAAAGGAGCCUGGAGGAGAUUGCAGAGGAGCGUGAAGAGGCGACAUCUGGUGCUCAAAGCAAGGAAAAGGAAGUAGCUGAAGAGGUCAUUGUUGCAGAGGCAGAAGAGAAGACACCUGAGGAAGAGGAGCUGGAAGCACUAGGAGAAUCGUCUCAAGUAGAGGAAGACGACGUGAGUCAGGACACUGCAGCUGAUGCAGAUGAAGGUGCAGAGGAGGAUGAAAUGGUGCCUGAACCAGAGGAAAGACCCCCAGAUUUGACAGAAGACCCCAGACUGGAGUCACAGGAGCUACCGGAGGAUCGAGUGAAAGAGCCGGAAGUGACAGAACAACCUGAAGCAGAAGCAGAGCAAGAAGUCACUUUAGAGCCGGAGCUGAUUACCGAGCCUGACCCAGAACCAGAAAUCACCCAUCAGGCUAACCAGGAACCUUCUCUGGAAGGCACUGAGGACGAUGCAGUGGAGGAAACUACAGAGGACACACCGGAGUCUGAACAGGGUUCUAACCAGGAGGUGAAACCAGAGGAGGUGCCUGCAGAGGAGCCAGCACAGCUUCAAGCUAACGAGGAUGAGGCCAUUGGGUCAGGCCUGAGAGACUGCUCCCACAUUGAGGAGAUGCUGCGACUGGCGACGGCUGAACCAUCAGCAGAGUUCUCUGGCGCCAUAAAGAGACUGUUAAACAUCUACCAUAAGUCCAUCAAGCCAAUGGAACAAGUCUUUAAGUACAACGAGCUCAGGCAACAUGAAGUUACAGCGGGUGAGAUUACCUCAAAGCCAAUGGUUCUGUUUCUCGGACCGUGGAGCGUUGGAAAGUCCUCGAUGAUCAACUACCUUUUGGGUCUCCAUGGCACUCCCCAGGAACUUUACACAGGUGCUGAGCCCACCACAUCUGAGUACACUGUCAUCAUGCACGGGGAGAGGUUUCGCACCAUAGAGGGCAUCGUGAUGGCAGCAGACAGUUCACGGUCCUUCUCUCCGCUGGAGAAGUUCGGUCAGGGCUUCCUGGAGCGACUGGUCGGCAUUGAGAUGCCCCACAAGUUACUGGAGAGGGUCACCUUUGUUGACACACCAGGCAUCAUUGAAAACCGCAAGCAGCAGGAAAGAGGUUACCCUUACAACGAUGUGUGCCAGUGGUUCAUCGACAGAGCCGACCUCAUCUUCCUGGUGUUCGACCCCACCAAGCUGGACGUGGGGGGCGAGCUGGAGAUUCUCUUCCGCCAGAUGAAGGGCCGCGAGUCCCAGAUUCGCCUCAUCCUCAACAAGGCCGACAGCCUCUCUACGCAGGACCUGAUGAGGGUCUACGGGGCCCUGUUCUGGAGCAUGGCGCCGCUCGUCAAUGUCACAGAGCCGCCUCGCGUGUAUGUCAGCUCCUUCUGGCCGCAGGACUACGCUCCAGACACCAGCCGAGAGCUCUUCAUGAAGGAGGAAAUCUCCCUGCUGGAGGAUCUCAACCAGGUGGUUGAGAAUCAGAUAGAAAACAAAAUCGCCUUCAUUCGCCAGCACGCCAUCCGUGUACGCAUCCAUGCUCUGCUGGUGGACCGCUACCUUCAGACCUACUACGACAAGCUGGGCUGGUUCGGAGACCCCUACGAGGUUUUCCAAGACGUGGUGAACGACCCCGAUAAGUACUACAUCUUCAAGUCCAUUCUGGCCAAGAGCAACGUCAGCAAGUUCGACCUGCCCGACAAGGAGGCUUACCAGGACUUCUUUGGGGUCAACCCCAUUUCCAACUUCAAGCAACUCUCUCAGCACUGCAGCUGGACUGACGGAUGCCUGCUGGAGAAGAUCGAGAAGGCCAUCUCGCACGAGCUUCCGGCUCUGCUCAGCAGCGUCACCAAGAGCUCAGGGGCACCCGCCCCGGCAAAGGCUGCCCCAGCAAACCCGCCGCCUCUCCCCGGUACAUGCGAGGGUCCAAAGUGUGAGGAGAAACCCAAAAACCCCUGGAGGAAGCAGUGAGAUGGAAGGGAAGAGGACAGGAGGCAGCCAAGGGAGAGAUGAGGCAGAGGGCAGCCAGAGAGUUUCCUGAAAUAAUGUCCACUGGUGUGGAUUCCAGGAAUAGCUCCAGGAAGACUGGAAAUGGGCAGAAAACCAGAUACUGAAUGGACUUCAGGAUAUUUUGUGUUACUACUUAAAUGGAAAGAACAUUUGCGGUACAUGUUCUGUUAGUUGCAUUUGAAAGCAGAGGAAAACAAUACAGGGUCCUCUACAUUUAUUGGGACCCUUUAUCAAGAUGUGUAAAAACCCCUAAGUUAAUUAUGUUUUACUCUAUCAUACAUUUAUUCAGUUCAUUUUAUUUACCUUAACUUUAAAUUUAAAUACAAGUGGGGAAACAAAAAAUCUGUUCGUUUUUCACCAAAUCAUUGGUGCCACACUUAUUUGCGCCCCUACUUCUCUUACAAUAUUUUACAAGUUUUAAGCAUACAGACCAUAUUUUAGACCAUUCCUCUUCACACAAACUCAGUAGGUCAUCCAGUCUUAAGUUCUCUACUCUUCGGCUCCCCCACCUGGGCAACUAUAGGAUUUACAUCUCAGGAAGUGAGAAGGAAGGUUGAUUUAGUUACUCGUGAGCCGUUUCUGCAUCCAUUCAGCCAAAUUUCUCUGCUCAUUUUUCACUUGAACAACCCUAUGGCGAUCCAGUUUCAGUCUUCCGGUCAGAGAUCCACUGAUUUUCAUUCUAAAUCUUUCGGCGUCUAACACAGUUCACAAUGCCAUGCACUCUAACUAGAUUUCCAGACUAUUUAGGAGCGAUACAAACCCAUCGCGCAUCACAGAACCUCCACCAUGCGUAACAGUGGAGAAUAAGGUGCUUUUCUAAGAAUUAAUUAUUUUUCACAUCAGACCCGACUCUUUGUUGCACUCACCAAAGCAGCUAGUUAAAAUCCCAGUACAGUUUGCCAAACGGCCUUUACAUAUAUGAUUGUUAGGACAGAAAAGGCUUUUUUCCUGGCAUGCUUCCCAAACAGCUGGUUGGCAUUUAGAUAGCAUCUAACAACAGUCGUCCAGGGCCAAUGGGUGAAUUACCUCCUCAACGCUUCACUAACAUUUUAUUAUAGGAAGUUUAGGGAAUCCUGAUUUUUGUGGCACCAGUGAUUUAAUUUAUUUUAUCUUAAUUGAAGGUUUUUCAUACAAACCUUCAAACAAACUUUUACCAGAGGUGCCAAGAACUGCUACAUUUGAUAUUGCUGGAGUAGAAUUUUAUUUGUUUGGCAUUUAGCAAAUAAUUUCACUGUCUCUUAAAUUCCUCUCUGCAACAGUUUUAAUUUUCAAACUUUAUUGAACAUCUAGAGCAAAAAUACACUUCCGUGUUUAUGUUUUAGAGAAAUUAUUUUUCAGUUUCUUGUUGAUGUCCCUCGUUCUUUUAUUCAUUUUAAUCAGAGGAUUCAUCGGGAAGCGACCACACUGCUCCUGGGAUUGAAAAGGAAAGCUGACCUUGAAAUGUUUUAUAUUUUCAGAUCUGAACCGCUGUAAUUCAGACAAACAGCAGAGUUUUGUGACAACUUGUCCUAAUAAAAUAAGAAGGGUUCUCACUCUGUUUCCACUGUAACUUCCCUCUGAACUAUGUUUUGUUCUAAUACAUAAACUUUACUUUUUUUCUCAACAUCUCCUGAGAAGGUUAGGAUAACUGAAAGAAAUAAAUGUGCUACAA